ACCGCUCGCCGGCGACGCAGACGACUCGGACGACGACGUCGGCGCCGCUUUCGGUCGUCCGGCAACGCGCGCGUUCGGCGGCGGGUACGCCGGCGCGGCGGGCGGCGCCGCAGGUGGCAUCGGCCGCUUCCUCAACCCGGGCGCGUUCCAGGCGGGCUUUGGCGGGCACGCGUUUGCGCGCCCGCCGGCGAGCGCGUUCCGCCGCCAGUACCGCGCCUACUCGACGGCGAUCCUCGAGGUGCAGCAGGGCAGGAGCUACAGCGGCGGGCGGGCCAACCUCAUGUACGGCGGCAAGAUCGUCAUGCCUCCCUCUGCGCUCGACGAGCUCACGCAACUCGACGUCGAGCUCCCGAUCAACUUUGAGAUCACCAACCCGGCCAACGUCGAGCUCAACACGCACGCCGGCGUGCUCGAGUUCAUCGCCGACGAGGGCUGUGUCAACCUCCCGCAGUGGAUGAUGGACCAGCUCCGCCUCAACGAGGGCGACCCGGUGCGCCUCGUCGGCGGGCGGUAUCCCAAGGGCAAGAUGAUCAAGAUCCAGCCGCAGAGCGUCGACUUUCUCGAGAUCAGCGACCCCAAGGCGGUCCUCGAGCGCGCCCUCAUCAACUACUCGUGCAUGUCGGCGGGCGACAUCAUCGAGAUCCCGUACAACACGCUCACGUUCCGCCUCCUCAUCAUGGAGAUCACGCCGCCGGGCCCGGCCAUCUCGGUCAUCGACACGGACCUCGAGGUCGACUUUGCGCCCCCUGUCGGCUACGUCGAGCCCGAGUACAAGCGGCCGUCGGACCUCCUUCCGACCAUGCGCGACAAGUUCACGAUCGACACCAAGGGCGUCCAGGACGUCGAUGCGCGUGGCAGUGGGACGGCGACGCCGGUCCCGGGUGGUGGAGCUGGAGCCGGCGGCAAGGGCAAGGGCAAAGAGACGGACGGCGGCGAGGGCGGUGCAGCGGCGCCGGCGUCGUGGGAGGCCUUCAAGGGGACGGGCAACAGCCUCGGCGGCAAGCGCGUCAAGGGCAAGGGCGUCAAGGCCAAGGCGAUCGAGGGCAUCGACGAGAACAGCCGCAUCAUCCGCACCGACCAACCGCGCAUCGUCACAGCCGACACGCAGCUCGGCACCCGCCAGGUCCCCGCCGCGCUCAACCUCCCCUACGGCGCCCUCUUUUUCGGCUUUGACCUCUCGAAUGCUCGUCCGCCGCCCGGGUCCGACGCCGAGGCGGC